UUUUGGUGUAAUCCGUCCCUUAAAAAUGUUUAAUGACCAAUCGUUUAAUGACAUUACUGGCGAAGAUAACAUGUCAUUCGAGUAUGAAGGAAUAUCUAAUUUUGAAAAUAAUCUUUAUGAAAAUAUUAGUGAUGGAAAUAUAAUUGAUGAUGAAAAUGUUACUGAUGAUGAAGACAGUGACCAUACUGAAGAUGAAAAGAAUAAGACAACAAGAUCUUUGCCUAUUACAUCUUACUUUACUCCCUGUGAAGUCAGAUAUUGCGAUGUCUAUAUGUAUAAUGAUGAUGGUACUUCUAAAAAAUAUACAACAGUGUUUAUGCCUAAAACAUCAACAACUAAUAUAGCUGCGCAUUUGUGCACUGAACACCAAAUUUUUAAAACCCAAAAAUGGGAAGUACAACCACCCCUAAUAUCAACUACAAUUCCUACAGCAACCAAUCAAAGAACAAUUGAAACAGUAAUACAAAAGCACAUAGAAAAUGCGUCACCCCUUCCCGAAAAACAGCAAAAUCGUAUUGCUUAUCGGCUUGUUGCUUGGAUAGUUGAGGAGAUGAUGCCAUUGAAUUGUAUUAACCAUGAUCG